AUGCAGAAAGGAAUUCGACUCAAUGAUGGCCAUGUCACCUACCUGGGUCUUUUGGCAAAGAAGGACGGCACGAGGCGAGGCUGUUUGAGCAAAAAGAGCUCAGACAACACAAAAUGGCACACCAAGUGGUUCGCUUUGCUGCAGAACAUGCUGUUUUAUUUCGAAAACGAGUCCAGCUCUCGGCCUUCGGGAUUAUACCUGUUGGAAGGUUGCGUUUGUGACAGGGCACCGUCACCAAAGCCCUCUCUGUCGGCUAAGGAAUGUUUGGAAAAACAGUACUACUUCACCGUCAGCUUCAACCACGACAACCAGAAGGCCCUGGAGCUGCGUUCAGAGGACGUGAAAGACUGUGACGACUGGGUGGCGGCAAUAACACACGCCAGUUACAGGAACCUGGCCACCGAGCACGAGACCCUUAUGCAGAAGUAUCUCCAUCUCCUCCAGAUUGUGGAGACAGAGAAAACGGUUGCUAAGCAACUUCGACAACAGAUAGAGGAUGGGGAAAUAGAAAUCGAACGCCUAAAAUCAGAGAUUGCCGGGCUGCUGAAAGACAACGAGAAGAUCCAGUCCAACCCAACGGUGGCGCCCAACGACGAUGACUCGGAAAUCAAGAAGAUCAAGAAAGUGCAGAGCUUCUUGAGAGGCUGGAUGUGCCGCAGGAAGUGGAAGACCAUCAUCCAGGACUACAUCCGCUCGCCGCACGCGGAGAGCAUGCGCAAACGCAACCAGGUGGUGUUCAGCAUGCUGGAGGCGGAGGCCGAGUACGUGCAGCAGCUGCACAUCCUAGUCAACAACUUUCUGCGGCCGCUGCGCAUGGCCGCCAGCUCCAAGAAGCCCCCCAUCACCCACGACGACGUCAGCAGCAUAUUCCUCAACAGUGAGACCAUCAUGUUCCUGCAUCAGAUAUUCUACCAGGGGCUAAAAGCAAGGAUCGCAAGCUGGCCAACCUUAGUGCUGGCCGACCUCUUCGACAUCCUGUUGCCGAUGUUGAACAUCUACCAGGAGUUUGUGCGCAACCAUCAGUACAGCCUGCAGAUCUUGGCCCACUGUAAGCAGAACCGGGACUUCGACAAGCUGCUGAAGCAGUACGAGGCCAAGCCAGAUUGCGAAGAGCGGACCCUGGAGACCUUUCUCACCUACCCCAUGUUCCAGAUCCCCCGCUACAUUCUGACCCUCCAUGAGCUCCUCGCCCACACCCCCCACGAGCACGUGGAGAGAAACAGCCUGGACUACGCCAAGUCGAAGCUGGAGGAGCUGUCCAGGAUCAUGCAUGAUGAGGUCAGCGAGACAGAGAAUAUCAGGAAGAACCUGGCCAUUGAGCGCAUGAUCGUGGAGGGAUGUGAAGUUCUGCUGGACACCAGCCAGACCUUCGUCAGACAAGGGUCUCUCAUCCAGGUCCCGAUGAGUGAGAAGGGCAAGAUUACACGUGGCCGGCUGGGCUCCCUGUCCCUGAAGAAGGAGGGAGAGAGACAGUGUUUCCUCUUCUCUAAGCACCUGAUCAUCUGCACCAGAGGCUCUGGCGGCAAACUGCACCUCACCAAGAACGGGGUGGUCUCGCUCAUCGACUCCACGCUGCUGGAGGAGCCGGAGGGCACAGAGGACGAACCCAAACCAGAGAAGAGUGGGCAGGACAUGGAACACCUGGACUUCAAGGUUGUGGUGGAACCGAAAGACAGCCCGUCCUUCACCAUCAUCCUGGUGGCAUCCUCGCGGCAGGAGAAAUCUGCCUGGACGAGUGACAUCAGCCAGUGUAUUGAUAACAUCCGCUGUAAUGGCCUGAUGAUGAAUGCCUUUGAAGAGAACUCCAAAGUCACAGUGCCACAGAUGAUCAAGUCGGACACCAGCCUGUACUGCGACGACGUGGACAUCCGCUUCAGCAAGAUGAUGAACUCGUGCAAAGUGCUGCAGAUCCGCUACGCCAGCGUGGAGCGGCUGCUGGAACGGCUGACCGACCUCCGCUUCCUGUCCAUCGACUUCCUCAACACCUUCCUGCACUCCUACAGGGUGUUCACCAGCGCUGACGUGGUGCUGGACAAACUCAUCACCAUCUACAAGAAGCCCAUCAGCGCCAUCCCGGCCCGAUCCCUGGAGCUGUUCUUCGCCAGCAGCCAGAACAACAAACUCCUCUAUGGGGAGCCCCCAAAGUCACCCCGCGCCAGCCGCAAGUUCUCAUCCCCACCUCCCCUCUCCAUCACCAAGUCCUCGUCCCCGAACCGCCGACGCAAGCUGUCCCUCAACAUCCCCAUCAUCACGGGGGGCAAGGCCCUGGACCUGGCCGCUCUCGGCUGCUCCCCCAACGGCUACGCGGCCAUGUACUCCACCAUGUCCCCCUUCAGCAAGACCACGCUGGAUAUCAACAAGCUCUACGUGUCUAGCACCGCGGCCAACAGGAUCUCCGACGAGGCCGACGGCAAGACAGACAGGGUGGAGGAAUCCUCGCUCUGCAAGCAAGACAUCUCCGAGACAGAGGAGUGUGACGACCAGGUCCAGAGUGACGAAGCCGAGACAGAAACAUCCCCCACCAAGUCCCCCACCACCCCAAAAAACCUCAAAUGCAAAAACUCCUCAGAGUUCUCCCUCUUCUCCUACAAUAACGGCAUGGUGGUGUCCUCCUGCCGGGAGCUGGACAAUAACCGCAGCGCCCUGUCCGCCGCCUCCGCCUUUGCCAUCGCCACGGCCGGCGCCAACGAGGGCACGCCCACAAAGGAGAAGUACCGCCGCAUGUCCCUGGCUGGCACAGGGUUUCCCACGGACCAGAGGAACGGAGACAAAGAGUUCAUCAUCAGGAGGGCGGCAACCAAUCGAGUUCUCAACGUCCUGCGCCACUGGGUGUCCAAGCACUCUCAGGACUUUGAGAGCAGCACUGACCUGAAGGUGAAGGUCAUCAGUUUCCUAGAGGAGGUGAUCCACGAUCCUGAACUCCUGACUCAGGAAAGGAAAGCAGCUGCCAACAUUAUCAGGACUCUGACUCAAGAAGACCCAGGUGACAGCCAGAUGACCAUGGAGGAAGUGACACAGCUGGCCGAGGGGGAGAAGGCAGAGCCAUUUGAGUGCCACUCCGCCCUGGAGAUCGCAGAGCAGCUGACCUUGCUGGACCACCUGGUGUUCAAAGUCAUCCCUUACGAGGAAUUCUUUGGCCAGGGCUGGAUGAAGAACGACAAAAAUGAGAAGACUCCCUACAUUAUGAGAACGACCAAGCAUUUUAACGAUAUCAGUAACCUGAUCGCCACAGAGAUGCUGCGCUGUGAGGAUGUGAACACGCGGGUGGUGGUGAUGGAGAAGUGGGUGGCGGUGGCGGACAUCUGCCGCUGUCUCCAUAACUACAACGCCGUGCUGGAGAUCACCUCCUCCCUGAACCGCAGCUCCAUCUUCCGCCUCAAGAAGACGUGGAUGAAGGUCUCCAAGCAGACAAAAACGGUGAUAGACAAGCUGCAGAAGUUGGUGUCGUCCGAGGGAAGGUUUAAGAACCUGAGGGAGGCUUUGAAGAACUGUGACCCGCCCUGUGUUCCUUACCUGGGGAUGUACCUGACCGACCUGGCCUUCAUCGAGGAGGGGACGCCCAACUACACUGAGGACAACCUGGUCAACUUUUCCAAGAUGAGGAUGAUUUCUCACAUCAUCAGAGAGAUCAGGCAGUUCCAGCAGACAGCUUAUAAGAUCGACUACCAGCCAAAGGCUGCUCAAUACUUGCUGGACUAUAGCUCAGUGUUGGAUGAAGAAAGCAUGUAUGAAGCAUCUCUCAGAAUUGAACCCAAGAUGCCUAGCUAAAGAGGAUGGUCCUUUUCCCCAAAGCAUCCAGACUAUACAGAUACUCCUUUAUAUGUACAUAAUCUAUUAUUUGUGUUAGACCAUGUUAGGCAUAUCCUUCUAUUAUGUGUUUCUGACAGGACUAGUGUAUCCUUGUUAUUUGACGUUAACUAGAAGCCUAUACAGCUUUUUUAUGUAUUGACACAGAUUUUUGUGUGGGGGGGGGGGAUACAGCUUAUUUGUUAUCUAUUGUUGUUUUGUCUGCAGUCAAUCAAAUUUAUUUUCUACUACAAUAAAAAAACUUUAAAGUUGACCGGCAAGGCACCAUCUGUGGCGGUUCCCGCCGGAAUCUUGGCCUUGCAGCGAGUCAUCGCAGGCUAAGGUGUGUUUGGAUACUUCGCCAUUAAAUUUUGUUUCAAAAUUAUUUUCCAGAUCAAGUUCUUUACAUAGAGUGAAAUCCUGCACUUCUAGUAAGACUCAGUGAUAGCAUAAUCACUCUUAUUUAUGGGGAGAAACAUCAUAUUUCUUUAUUUUUUUAUGAGUUAAUGCAACUGAUGUAGCAAUGUAAAAAAAGGAAUCAAAUAUAUAAACAAUAAUACCUAAUUCUACGAAUACUUGUGCCAACAAUCUCUUGAAUGGACGUGCCCAAGUUGAAGAUAAUCCAGGAGUGGAGAAAUAUAACUGAACCCAGAUCAGGUCAGGGAUACUUCACUUCACUUGCAGAUGGCAUAGUGCUCAAAAAGGUUUGCUGCCCAAGUCUAGAUGAUGUGGAUUAAAAUCUCUUGUUUGCACAGGUAAGUGGUGGCUGUUCAGCUUCAAUUGAAGG